CGGAGUUUUUAGAAAUGAUCGUUUUCUGUGAUAAGACAGGGCCUCAGACAGGGGGUACUGCAGCACCCCCAGCACCCCUACUUCCCGCGGUAGGUACUGGUCAGGCCUAUAAGAGGCGGUAUGCACCUUUUUUGGGUGCUUUCCAAGUCUUUCCAAUUGAAACCCAAAGAAGAAAUUGCAUAGUUCUAAGCUAGCAAUCACCCUCUUGUAUUAAUUAAUUGUAUUAAUAGCUCACCCAACUACCAAAUACAGUUUUGCGUAAAGCUCGAUUUCACAAGUGAAUUCAAGCAUGGAUUUUAAAAUACGCGCCGCUAAACAGGAGGACUGCAAAGAAAUAUCAAGGAUGAUAAUAGAAUUGGCUGUGUUUGAGAAGAUGCAGGAUCAGGUCAAGAUAUCCACCCAAGAGUUGGAGCGCGAUGGGUUCUGCAGCAAUCCUCGCUUUGAAUGUCAAGUGGCAGAAGUUUCUGAAGAGCACAAGUCAUCCCAAGGAUACACCGUUGUUGGGUACACCCUUUACUUCUACACCUAUAGCACAUGGAUGGGGCCGACUGUGUUUAUGGAGGACCUGUAUGUGAUGCCAGAAUACCGAGGAAAAGGCAUUGGCAAGGGUUUAAUGAGCAAAGUGGCACAGGUGGGGAAAGAGCAUCAGUGUAGUAGGCUUCAGCUGACGGUGCUGGACUGGAACACCCGGUCGCUGGACUUCUACAUCAUGAAGGGCGCUCGGGACAUGACCGCGAGUGAAGGCUGGCACGCCUUAAGGUUUGACGGGGAAGCUCUGGAUAAACUGGCCGCAGAAGCCCCCAAAGAUUAGAAAUCAGAUCUAGACACAAAUUGAGAUGGCGCCACUAUAAUUGCUCACCAUUUUCCAGCUCAGACUAGACUUUCUACCUUGUUUUUCACACUUUAUUUUUUUGCGGUGGUAAAUAUUGUCCAUAAUACCUGGCAUGUACGAUACAAUACGGUUAUACUUUAUUGUCAUAGCAAGUCUGAAAUUUAACUUGCAUCCCAGCAGCUCUAUUUACAAACAUCACAGACAAUACAUCAGGACAGGACAUCAAUACAGGACCCACAAAUGAAAUUAACAUACAUACAAUCAUCAUAACAUUACAACAACGGAAGACAAAAUGUAAUGGGAGUUCAAAAUUGCAGUACACAUUUUUUUUGACUUUACUAGAAAAGGAGGUGAAAAACUCCAUGCUGAAGAAAAAAGCAGAAAGUCUAUUCAUAGUGAGAAUAAUUUACUGCCUUUAAAUGUAGCAAGAGGAGACCACUGCUGCAUAAUCAAGUUUGUAUCAACUGAUUCUAUUUGUUUGUAUGAAGUGGAAUUAAUUGGUUAAACAAAUGUGUCUUUUUAAUAAAGCAAAACAACAAGAUCACGUCAGUGGCUUUCA